AUGAAUUAUCAAUCAAUCAUGAAUAUAUGGCUCUUAUAUAAAGAGAGAGUCAAGGACUUUGUAAAAGCACAUAAACAAACAUUGAGCUACCUCUGAAAGAAAAAAUAACAACAGAACAACAAAAGAGCAAUAUGGCAAACAAGUACCAUGUUCGUUCAAACAGUUUACCUUCUGGAUCUAAUCAAAGCUCCAUUAGAAUAGAAGAAGAGCUAAGCAAAAUCCAGACUUGGGAAGCCACAUCCACAUCCACAUCUAACUCAAUUGGAUCUGGCCUAUCCUUGCUUGAAGAUUUGUUCAUUAGCUUGGAAGAUCUUCUCAACAUGGCUUCAACCCAAAAGGCGAUUUCUCAACAUCAAGGUGAGAAGUUUGUGGAAGAACUUUUGGAUGGCUCAGUGAGAAUCUUGGAUAUCUGUGGCCUCACAAGGGACGCCAUGUUACAAAUUAAGGAACAUGUUCAAGAACUUCAUUUUGCUCUUAGAAGGAGAAAGGGGGACUCAAGCAUUGAAACAAGUGUAGCCAAAUACAACUCCUUCAUUAAAAAGAUGAAGAAGAAUGUCAGAAAGAUGGUCACAUCUUUAAAGCACAUGGAUAGUAAAUUUGGAGCAUCCUCACUCUUGAAUCAAGAUCAAGACCUUGCUACUGUGAUAAGAGUUCUUAGGGAGGUUAUCACAGUGAACAUGUCUGUCUUCCAAUCCCUUUUGUCUUUCUUAGCUGGGUCUGCUUCGAAAUCAAGGAAAUGGUUGCUGGUGGCAAAAUUGAUCCAUAAAGGGGUGAUAUCUUCUGAAGAGAACUUUGAGAAUUCCAAUGAAUUGCAUUCUUUAGAAGCAUUUUUAAGCAGCCUUGUAACUGAAGGUGCUAAUGCUGAGAAGAUGCAGGCUGCACAUGAAAGAAUGGAGUCUUUGGAGAAUGCCAUUGAAAGCCUAGAGAAUGGUUUGGAGAGUAUCUUUAGGCACUUGAUUAAAACAAGAGUCUCUCUUCUGAACAUAAUGACACAAUAGCUUAGGAAUCUUCUGAGGAUUGAAAAUUUUUGCCUCAUCAAUUUUUGUACAUGUAUAUAAUUCAAUAGUUAUACAAAUCAAAUACAGUGACAAG